CCUUCGGGCAGGAGCCAUCUUUUCCUGCCACGGCUUCGGGGGCUGGGCGCAGAGGACCCACUCGGGGGAGGCGGGAGAGAGAGCAGCGGAGCAGAGGGGCGACCACCGCUCGGGAGACUCUCGGCUGCGGUCCCGCUCGCGAGCCCGGGAAGGGGUGGGGAGGCGGCGGCGGCGGCGGCAGCAGGAGACGAGGCCGGCUUGGCGGAGAGGAGGGAGGGAAGGAAGGAGGAGGAGGAGGAGGAGAAGAAGAAGAAGCGGCGGCGGCGGCGGCGGCGCUGCGUCGGAGCGUCGUCGCGGGAAGUGGCGAGGGGCGCCGAGGAAACCCCGGCCUGCGUGUGGGCCGCUCCGGCUCGGCGACCGAGGCGAAGGCGAGGCCGAGGCGGGCUGCUGGGCGCUUCACCGGCGGCGGAGGGGACCGGCCGGGCCUGCGGAAGGAGCCAUGUCGGACCAGGAAGACAAACCUUCAGCAGAGGACUUGGGAGAUAAGAAAGAAGGAGAAUACAUUAAACUCAAAGUCAUUGGGCAGGACAGCAGUGAAAUCCACUUCAAGGUGAAAAUGACAACGCAUCUAAAAAAACUUAAAGAAUCAUACUGUCAGAGACAGGGGGUCCCAAUGAAUUCACUCAGGUUCCUCUUUGAGGGUCAGAGAAUUACUGAUAAUCAUACUCCGAAAGAGCUUGGGAUGGAAGAAGAAGACGUGAUCGAAGUGUAUCAGGAACAGACAGGAGGCCAUUCGACAAUUUAGGCUGUUUGCUUCCUUCCCCUGCCCCCUUUUCCCCUUUGAUCCUUUUUUAUUUUUAAAUAAUAGUUCUUUUGUAAUGUGGUAUAUAACACUGAAUUGAAAGCAACACCCCACUCCCCUAAUCGGGGUCUUUUUUCCCAAGUGUCUGUUCUGAAUUCUUGUGCUCAUUACACCCUGUCAUUUGUUCUCAUAGUGCCGAGCUCUUGUGAAUCUGCUGCAGUUGUACUUCCCUGUUUCCCCUGUUUCCUCCUUAGAAAUACACCCAUUCACACAUGCAUUUGUGUGUUCACGAGGCUCGUAUGUUUUCAGGCACGUUAACAGGUCAGCUAAAUGGGCAAAGGGUUCCCAAUAACUUCCAAAUUUGGCCUGAAGAUUUGAUGUGACUUUUAAACUUGUGGAUUUUAAGUUGGAGAUGGAAGUUCUUCUGAGAUCCGCACAGCGGGCAGAAUGAGUCCUCAUAUUCAGAACUGUUUUCUGUAGCUUUUGCUGAUAGCCUAGAACAGAAAAGUAUCCAAAUGUUGGUGGGAAAAUGUAGAGUUUUUUCCCCUUCCGCUAAUAGAAAUUCAAGGUCCUUUCCUCGAAAGCAAUGUGCAAGUCUGCCGAUUUUUCAUUGACAGAAGAUCCCAUGAAAGGUUGAAUUUGUAGUAAUUAAUAUGUAACUUUUGUGCGACAAGAAUGGGUAAUGAUUUGUAUGUUAUAACUCUUGGCCUGGGUUAGGGGUUUUUAUUGGACACUGACUGUACCGGCUUCCCGUAAAUAAACAAAACAGACAAUUAUGUAAAGAUCUGCAUUUUAUUUGGGAUAACUGAAGGUGGGAGAUUAUUUGCAAAACAAUAGGGGGAAAUAUUAAGGAACAUUGGUUUCAUACACUAAUGCAUAAAAAUAAUCUUUUAAUUGUUUUUAUGAACUAGCAUGAUCCUUGCUGCUAGCUCAUGACAGUUUGAACAGCAAUCUCAGUUUCAUCUUUAAACUUUGUUGUGUUUUCUAUGUACAAUGUGUGCCACUUGAAUUCUAAAACUUUGUUAGCAUAAGGCUGAAAAAUAAAGUAAGCUGUAAGAUGUGGAAAUACUGAGAAAUCAGUCAACCACUUAUUCAAAAUAUUACAUAACCCCCCCCCCCCCC